AUGUGGACUACGUUAUUCGUCUCGAUUUUGGUACUGGUGAAUGUCUGCCCAUCCAACACUUCCAAAAUUUCGCCAUGGACUAAACUGCAAAUAUCUCCUACUGAACUUUGCUCUAUGCCCUACGGCAGUUUUCGAGUGAACAUUUACCAACACGCAAGCAAUAACAAAAGUGACCAAAGCAACAACAAGUUUUUCUACGCUCCCAUCGCCCUGCUAGAUCACCAAAGUGCCGUCAGUCAAUUCAACAACAUCACGAUGCUCCAGGAGAUUCGAUUCCGCAUUGAAAUGUGGAACGAUAUCGUCGAAAGCGAAGUGGUGAAGUAUUUAAGCAAAGUAGUCGAUCACGAAGUUCAACCUCAUCAAGUGCAAGUGAUACCCUUCGAGAAGGUGGUACUCGUCAGUACAAUACCACCAAAAGCUGAUUCUUUAACCACCAAUUGGCUGCCUUUUGAAUUCCACAAAUCACUGCCAUUUUCUCUUUCGUGUUUCGAACGAAAUGUUUGCGACCAACUCGCUCAAGACAUGCGCUCCAAACCCGAACAGUUCAACUAUUUAAAAUUUCUCUUCAGUUGGACGUGUCAGACUACGGAAACUAAGGACACAGUCAUCCGCAUGGAAAAUGUCAUUUCGAGUCAAAUGGUUAACAAACUACAGCGAAGAUUCAGUCAAGACACAAAAGAAGUUUUCCUGACUGCCAAUGACGAGAAGCAACUUUUAGCAGAAACGACAACUAAUGUCUUGAUGGAUACUUUCAAGGACUCGGAUAUCGUUUCACCUCACUCGGGACGGGUUGUUUAUAACUCGUUGAACAACUUGCUCUUCUCUUCCACGGCCACCAUUAAGGAUCAAAGCGAUUGGGACUUGGUCUUUUGGACAGACGACUUUUACCGACCGGAUAAAACUUCGGACACGUUGAACAAAAUUUUUGAAAAAAUGAACACGGAAGGACAAGAAAAGUUGCGGAGGUUGUAUCACCAUGCAGAUAAAAUAGACGGCGAAGUGGCAAAGUUCAUCGAGUUAUUUGCAGAUGAAGCAAACUCUACUAACGAAUUAUACCGUCACGGCUCAACGACGAAGGAGGGUAUCGAAACAUUUUAUCGAGAAAGUAAAGACCACGUCAUCUGGGCUAGUGAUAAAUUCAUUCCCAAACUGCUGUCGCUCAAUAGAUUUAAACUGGCACAGUUAAGAGACCAACUAUCGCUGCAAUAUCGUAAAGUGUCUAUCCGUUACACCGCCGCCGCCCUGUCGAUCCCUAUGAAUUUCGCCCAAAAUGCUGACAUGACAGUCACAGACGAAUGGCACAGUCUCAAGCUCAGCGUAGCCAAUCUGACAAAAGGAUUAUUAGGAAAAACAAGCGCAGAGAACUUCGACAAAAUACCUAGAUCUUGCGACGAUCUUCGGAGGAUCGGACACACCCAUAGCGGAUUGUAUUCGAUUAUGGGAGCUCAAACGGUUAAAAGCGUCUAUUGCAACUUUACAAAGCUUUCCAGUGAUGCGGAUUUCCAGAAAUUGAUUGGAUUUUUAGACGUCAAGUCAUCGCCAACUUAUUUCUUCGUGCAGAGAAAAACCAAGUUUGGGAAAAAAAAUAUUCCUAUUCCUUUCGAAGUGGAAAGACUAAACACAGGAGGAGCCAUGAACUUGGAGACAGGAAAAUUUACAGCCCCUGUAUCAGGAACUUAUUUCUUUUCCUUUUCAGGAGUGAUGGUAUUUGGUUCAACAUAUCAGUUUAUCAAUAUGGGAUUAUAUAAAAAUGAUGAAUUAAUGGGAGCUGGUCAUUCUGAUGAGAGUAGUCAAUCUGAGAUGCUAUCCUUACAAUCGACACUCAAUUUGAAAAGAGGGGAUGAAAUAUGGUUGCAGAUUUUUAGCAUGUCAACAUCAGGAGGGGGCAUACGUGGAGAUUAUUUCAAUAACUUUAAUGGCUUUCUCUUACAGGAAAAUAUUGUUGAAACAUAUGGGAAUCUUACAUUAUAAUUAAGUUAAACUGCAAGUGGAAGCAAAAUGGAGGCUGAAUUUACUAAUGCAGAAAACAAUUUCUAUAAAUUAAAUAAUCUAAGUGGACAACCGGCUCAGACAAAAUCUCUAAGAAUAUGCUGUAAGAAAAUAGAUCGUGCUGCUUACCAAAUAUGUUGGCUAAAGUUAGCUUAAAAAAAAGUCACAAGUUUAAAAUAAAAAUAUGUCAUUGUG